AUGUCAUCCUCAUCCAUCCCCAUCUCACUCUCACUCUCCUCAUCCUCAUCACUCUCAUCCAGUAGCUCAUCACUAGCUGCAGCAGGACUACUAUCAACUACCAGCCCACCCCCUCCUACUACCAACAUCAACACUUCCUCAAAGAUCUCACCACUCAAGGGCGCACUCAACCGUGUCAAAAACAUCCCAAGCUCACUCAAACCAUCCAACCUAAUCACCUCAUCAGCAAACAGAACCAAAUCAAAAUCACCCAACCGACUACCACAACCAUCGAACCUCAAACUCAAAUCAGUACCAAGCAUCGACCUCAAUAAUGCCAUCGGGAUGUGCUCCAUCGAAAUCAAUCGGGCAACCGGCCUACCCUACUGGAAAGCGGUUACCAGGCUAAGCUUCGACAUGGACCCAUUUGUUAUCAUCAGUUUCGGGAAAAAGAUCUUUCGAACUCGAGUCAUCAGACACUCCAUGGAUCCAGUCUGGGAUGAAAAGUUGUUCUUUCACGUUCAGAAGAGCGAGAUGUGUUUUAGCAUCCUAUUCAGUAUGUACGAUUGGGAUAAGAUGUCCUCGAAUGAUUAUAUCGGCGAAAGCGAACUACUGCUCGAAGAUCUAGUCAAUGAUACCCAACAAAAUUUGAGACUCAACCCUGAGACUGGUCUCUACCAAUUAGAUCAGACCGGAAAAUUAAUAGGAGAUCAGAUGUCAAAUUAUGAGCUCCCAGUCGUCCACAAGCCAUCCUCGAGCUCCAAAUCACCUCCAUCAACCGACUCGCACGGUGGGGAGGCCAAUCAAGUAACCUACAACGGUAAGCUAUCGAUCAAGGCUAAAUUUAUUCCCUACUCGGCUAUGCGUCAGGUGUUUUGGAGAAAAUAUCUCGAAGAGUUUGAUACAGAUGAGUCUGGCACCAUCUCGACCACCGAAUUGACCUCCAUGCUCGACUCACUCGGUUCCACCCUCACUCGAGAGACCAUCUCCGGCUUCUUCUCUCGCUACGGCAAAUCAUCAAACCAAGAUCAAGACACGCUGUCAUUCGAACAGGUCAUCGGCUGUUUAGAAUCCGAACUGAUGAAACCCGCUCAUGAAAGAAAUCGAAUCGAUGCUGAAGAUGAACAGAUCGGUGUCGGUCUCAGUGCAGUCCCAACCGAAAAAGCACUUGACGACGAAAACCGGAAUGAUGAGGGCUCGCCAAUUGCCGAUCCCACUUCAUCGCCAACAUCUCCAUUGGUUUCGAUCAGCUUCAUCGGACACAAUCCCAUGGAUGUCACCAAAAACCCUUCCCAAACUGAUUCAGUAACCAACUCGCCAUCUAGCACAAACCUGGAUGAGAUCAGCAGUUAUGAUCCACCCAGUCCAACCCAAACUCGAACUCGUUCCCGCUUCCAAACCGAGAAAGUCGUCAACAUCUCCUGCUGUCCGAUCUGUCAUCAGGAACAAGAUCGAUCACAAGUCGAGAUGGAGAUGGUAACCCAUAUGGCCGUCUGCGCAUCCCAGGAUUGGACUUCCCUCCAAAAUAUCUUGUCCCCCGGUAACUUUGUCACCUCAUCCCAAGCCAACCGAAAAUGGUUUACCAAAGUGAUCGGCAAAGUGCAAAAUGGGAAAUACUCAUUGGGAGCUAAUUCGGCCAAUAUAAUCGUACAAGAUAGGAGGACUGGGAAGUUGAUCGAGGAGAAGAUGCAAGCGUACGUUCGAUUAGGGAUUAGAUUGAUGUAUAAAUCUGGGUCGGGUAGCUCGAGAGAGAAUCGAAUGGAACACCAAAAGAUUAAGAAGUUGUUGAAAUCAUUGACGAUCAAACAAGGGAAUAAGUUCAACUCACCCGACUCGAUCAAAGAAAUUUCACCCUUCAUUAACUUUCAUGAAUUAGAUUUGAAUGAGGUCAAAUUACCACUCAAUCAAUUCAAGAACUUCAACGAGUUUUUCUACCGGGAACUCAAGCCGAAUGCGCGUCCGAUAGACAGUCCCGAAGAUCGCGCGAUCUUGACUUCAGUGGCCGAUUGCAGGUUGAUGGUGUUCAAAGACUUGACUCAAUCGAAAUUGAUUUGGAUCAAAGGACGACGGUUCAGUUUACAGAAACUUUUAGGCGCUCUAGGCACCCGCAACAUUCCCAACACUAACAGUCCAAAUGUUACUGCCACUGUCAUCGAUCCACAACCCGCGCUUCCGGUCGACGAAAAACAAGAUGAUCAGAAUGACAACGAAGGUUCAAAUGAGAACAGUCUCAAUAGUAUCAACAGUAGCUCGACUAAUAAUCCCUCUAUCAAUGAGACUCUCAGUCGUGACGAUGAGAAGUGGGCGCUCGGGAUCUUUAGGUUGGCGCCCCAGGAUUAUCAUCGGUUCCACUCGCCGAUCGAUGGUAAGAUCAUCGACGUGGAAUACAUCGAAGGCCAAUACUACACUGUUAAUCCAAUGGCGAUUCGGUCUUGUAUCGACGUCUAUGGUGAAAACGUUCGAGUAGUAGUUUGCAUUGAAACCGAGAAGUUCAAUAAAGUUUAUUGUGUUUUUGUUGGUGCCAUGAUGGUAGGUAGUAUUAAUAUGAGUAUUAAGUUAGGCGAUCAUGUUCGAAAAGGCCAGGAUAUCGGAUACUUCGCCUUUGGUGGAUCGACCAUUUUGACUAUUAUUGAAAGUGACAAGAUUGAAUGGGAUGAUGAUUUACAGACCAAUUCAAAUCAUUCGGUCGAGACGUUGGUCAGAGUUGGCACUCGAGUAGGUGUCUGUAAAAGCACUUGA